AAUAAGAAAUCCGACCAGUGCCAUACGGACGUAGAAUGCACCACACGUAUUCGGCCGCCGCUGCCUGUUGCUCCGUGGUUACCGUGUAAACAUACUAGUAAAAGCCGAUAUUCUCUGUCGUCGUCGUCGUCGUCGUCGUCGUAAAUAGGUGGAGAGUACGCGCACGUACAUACAGCAUUAUUCUGUUCAAUACAUAUACAUAAAUGUGAUAUUGUUAAUAUAUAAUACACGUACAAUACAAUAAUAUAAUAAUAAUAAUAUGCUAUAAAUCGUUUUUCAUGAGUAUUGUAUUAAUUUUACGUUUUCACGGAAAAAAUUGUUAAAAAAAAAAAAUUAUAAAAUUCCGUCGUUUUCCGAGUGCGUGUGCGUGUGCGGUUUUCGUCUGCGCGCCGAUCCGAUUUGCCCAAAAAAAAAAAAAUAAAAACGGAUUAUACACGUCCGAGACCCGAGGCAAUAUGUGGAACGGAGCGGCCGGUCGCACGGGAAGCAGAGACUCGGUGACUCAGUGAUAUAGUUUCCGCGAACCAGCGGAAGAAAUAACCGCGCCGACGCCGGUUCUAUAUACCGCGGGUUAGGAGGCAGAACCCGAGCGGUACCGCGAGCAGCGCUGUCUUGGCGACGGCGGUGUCGCCGUGUACACACGCGCACACCACGAACACACGCCUACACGCGACAGAGACGAUAAUCACGCAUGUCGUCCGCGGUGGACGGACAGCAACAGCAACAGCCGCUGCAGGCCGGUGGCUCGCCGCCGAUGGAAGUGGUGUUGGCGCAGCACUGCUGCAAAGAAGAAUCGCCGGGCGUAUCGCCGCCGCACCCGCAGUCCGUCAUGUCGCCGACCACCGUCCAAGACAUGCCGCCCGAGAGCACGUCGCCCGUGAUGCUGGCCACCAUGCAACCGGUGAGCGUGGACGAAUUCCAAGCGUCCGAUUAUCACCAUCAAAACCACCACCAGCAACAGCAGCAGCAGCACCACCACCAACAGCAGCAGCAACACCAACAACAACACCAUCAUCAGCAGCAGCCUGACGAUCCGCUGGAUCAGAAGACCGUCAUCUACAUACCGGGCACCGAUCCGCAGCAGACCAUCAUUUACGAUCCGCAGAAUCCCGCGGGAUCGUUGCCGCCCGGCAUCACGAUCCAACAGGAUCCGGCCAACGGGUCCGCAGUGUCCGUGUUGGUCCAGGGGCAGGCACAUCACCAGUACAUCGGAGCGCCGGGCACUACCGUGUUGGUCAUGCAGGAGCUGGUCGACGACAUGGGUCACAUACUGCACAGGAGACGGCGGGGUAGCUGCAGCGAGGACGACGAGGUCACCGGCGCCGUUGUUGACGGCGACGGACAGCAUCACCACCACCGGCGACACGAUCAUCACCGCGACGACGGCAUGGCCGAUUCGGACACGAACGGUGGUGGUGGCGCCGGGGGCGGAGGAGGCGGCGGCGGCGGCGGGGGUGGCGGCGUGACCGAACAACCCGCCGAGCCGGGUGGCUGGAGGUCGUCGUACUACGAACAUCCGCUGACCGCCGCCACGUCGGCCAUGCUCAACAUUUCGGGCGGCGCUGCCGGGGACGAACAGGGCCAACAGUCGGGACAGGGCCAGGGCGGUGCACCGCUCAGUUUCGUCUACGAGUAUUACAAGCUGCCGCACUUGUCCGACUCCGUCAAGGACAAGCAUCUUGCCGACAUAUGGCCAACCACGUCUUCACCGAACGGUUCACUGUUACCGUCGCAGCUUAAACCGUCCAACGGACUCAUCGGCACCGGUCCAGGAGGACUGGAGAUCGGCGCCGGACACCUGGGCGAUUUGCAGGGACUUUUCCUGCACCAGCAACCGCUUAAGCGCGAGCCCGAGGACUUGAGCCAUCACCGCGGCGGCGGACCACCGAACAAGGGCGGCAACAAUGCGGACGGUCUGAAAACGAUCGGUGGACGUCCCAAAGUGGUGUUGGUCGCGCCCGGAAACAACGGCGGUCAGCAGGACCAGCAGCAACAGCAACUGGUCGUGGACGUCGUAAACAACAAUAACAAUCAGCAGGCGAACAACAACAACAACGCGGUGGGCGGCGUGAAGGAGGAGUACGGCGGUGGACACCAUUCGCCGCAGCACAACAGCCGGUCGAUAAACGGCACGCCGUCGUCCACGUCGUCGCUCAUCACCGAAAUGAACCCGCCGCCGCCGGCCAUCGAGUUGAUCGCCACGCCGGACGGUCUGAAGCCCAUGUACGGCACGCACAUAUUCACCACCAUGUCCGGACAGCACGCCGACAGCGGCACGCCGUCGCCCAACUCGUACGAGCACCAGCAGUACACCACGUCGUCCGUGCUGACGGGCGGCGGCGGUGCCGGCAACCCGGGCGGCUACAUCACCACGUCCGGCGGCCGAGCCCCGUUCGCGGACCCGUACACUUACCGCGAGUACUUCGGCGGCGCGGGCGCUGGCCCCGAACCGGGCCCGUACGGCUCGCAGAUCGGCACCGGCGGCGGUGGCCGGCAGACCGCGUCCUCCUACGGCGGCGAUGCCUCCGACCCCGGCGCCGUGUCCAACGCCGCGGCCACAGCGUCGUUUGUCGAACGUUACGUCCGACAAAGCUCGUACCACAACAAGGGCGUCAUCGCCGCAGCCGGCCUCACCGUCGACCUGCCGUCGCCCGACAGCGGUAUCGGCGCCGACGCCAUCACGCCACGUGACCAAAACGCCAUCCAACAGUCAUUCGAUUACAACGAGAUGUGCCAAACACCUAGCAUGUUGGGUGAACACCAAGCACAGCGGACGCCCACCGGAGGACGGUCGAGACCGUGGCACGACUUCGGCAGACAAAACGAUGCGGACAAGAUACAAAUACCAAAAGUAUUCUCCAACUACGGGUUCCGCUAUUAUUUGGAAUCACCGAUCUCCACUAACCAAAGGCGUGAAGACGACAGGGUGACGUACAUCAAUAAAGGCCAGUUUUAUGGCAUUACUAUGGAGUACAUACCAGACCCUGAUAAACCGUUGACCAGUCAAACAGUCAAGAGCGUGGUCAUGCUGAUGUUCAGAGAGGAGAAAAGUCCAGAUGACGAAAUCAAAGCGUGGCAAUUUUGGCACGGCAGACAGCACAGCGUCAAACAGCGAAUACUCGAUGCCGACACGAAAAACAGUGCAGGCCUGGUGGGAUGCAUUGAAGAAGUAUCACACAACGCCAUCGCCAUUUAUUGGAACCCUCUGGAGAGUCCAGCAAAAAUCAACGUCGCCGUGCAAUGUCUGAGUACGGAUUUCAGCAGCCAAAAAGGCGUAAAGGGUUUGCCGCUGCACCUGCAAAUCGACACCUACGAAGAACCGAGAGACGGACCUGUGUACCACAGGGGAUAUUGUCAAAUCAAAGUUUUCUGUGAUAAGGGAGCCGAAAGGAAGACCAGAGACGAAGAGCGGAGAGCGGCCAAACGGAAAAUGACUGCCACGGGUCGCAAGAAGAUCGACGAACUCUAUCAUCCGCCAUGCGAGCGAUCAGAAUUCUAUUCGAUGAGCGACCUCAACAAACCACCAGUAUUGUUCUCACCCGCCGAGGACAUCGACAAGCUGACGUCGAUGGAACUUCAGGGAUUCUAUGGACAUGACACGGACACGUCUAGUCUAUCGAACGGCGAACCUGGUUCGCUGAAGCACUCGUCGCCUUUCCUGUUGCACUCUGGUGUGGCCAACAAGCCAGCUGGUACGACGACUACGCAGACACUCAAGUUCCACAAUCACUUCCCGCCGGAUACGCAUAACGUAUCUUAUUACAACAGCGAGAAGAAAGAAGUACUGGACCAGAGCGGACUGACCACGGACGGUACCGUGUUCUCGAGUCCGCCCAACAAGCGAACGAAGCUGCAAGUGCCGCCCAUUAACGAGCGAGUAAUGCUGUACGUGCGGCAGGACGCUGAGGACGUGUACACGCCUCUGCACGUCAUACCGCCAACGACCCAGGGACUAUUGAAUGCUAUUGAGGCUAAGUACAAAAUUUCUGCUUCCAGCAUUAGUAACAUGUAUCGAAAAAACAAAAAAGGGAUUACGGCCAAAAUUGAUAAUGAUAUGCUCAAAUAUUAUUGUAAUGAAGAUUCAUUUCUAUUGGAAGUCAGACAUGCCGAAGAAAAUGAGAACAUGCUUGAUAUUAUACUGAUUGAAUUUAUGGACCAUUAACAGCCAAUCAAAUUGUUUUUAAAAUGAAAAAUAAAACACUUAAAAAUUCCUAUCAAUUUACCAAGCUAUGCUCAUUUUUUUACACUUAACAUUAUAUUUUGUUUAAGAAAUAUGUGAAUUUAUUCAAGUUGAUUACGAUUAUAUUAUAUAGUUUUAAAAUAGUUAUUAGAUCUAAAUAAGAUAGUGUACAUAAUUAUAAUAUUAUAGACUAUGUUUAUAUUUAAUUGCCAUAUGAACAUUCAUGACGUUAUAUUUAUUGUACUUAAGUGAUUGAUUGAUCACACUAUUAUGAUGACAAAAGUUUUGAAAUUUGCGCACACCUUAUGCUCAGUCAAUUUAUUUUUAAGUUGUUUAAUGAAACAGUAUUUUAGAGAUUUAUUUAAUUGGUCUUAUUAAUUAAGUUUAUAUAUAUAAAUAUAUAUAUAGGUUAAUAAUUUUAUAUGUAUACAUAUAUUUUUUAUUAAGUAAUGAUUACUAUUUUGCAGACAUCAAAAAUUAAUUUAAUGUGAUAAACAAGAAUAGUUAUGAACUAAUUUAGCUAUUAAAUUAUAUUUAUACAUUUAAAUUUGAUCAAUUGUGAUUUACAAAUUUUGACUGCAAAGUAUUCAAAACAAACUCUUUUGCUCAAUUUUCAUUUGAGAAACAAUUUAGUUUUAAAUCAUCAUGACAAUACAUUUUAUCAAUAUUGUUUAAUCGUUUAUAUUUUUGCUCAUAAAACGUUGUCAAUGGUAUAUCUUUUUGUUUUGUUUUUUUUAUUUAUUUUUUUUUUUUUAUCAAGGGACGAGGAUACUAUUAUUAUUAUAAGUAAACGUAGAUCAAAACAUAUUUUGCCAUGUUACUUCGAAAUUAAUAUUUUCAAAACGUUUUUUUGUACUUAUCUUUUUUUUUGUAAAUACAUUUAUUUUUAAUUAUUAUAAAAUAAAAUAUAUUAAUGUAGAGUUAAUUAGUUUUAUGUACUUAAAAGUAUUAUGUUUUGUUUUUUAUUUAUCUAUUGUAAUUAUAAGUUCAAGUUAAUUCGUGUUAUAUUUUAAUUUUACCCAAAUUUAUAUCAAAUAAUUAUGUAUUAUGUUAAAUGUAAAUAAUAUAAAACGUAACGUAAAACAUUCCAGUUAACUUUGAAUUGUUGCUCUAUUUAUUAGUAAAACGAUAUAUAUUUCUUGCCAUUUAUGUUUAAUUUUAUUAUUUUCAAUCAAUACAAAAUGUAUCUAUCUUGAGAUCUGUUAAGUAAUCAUGUAAAGUGGUCUAAACAUCUGAAAUUGCCAAAAUUAGUAUCAUUUAUAGUAACUUUGAUCUCAUGUUGCUGGUUGUUCAAUAUAAGACAUUUUUUUUUUUUUUAUCAAAAUUAAUUUUUAAAAGUAUUAAAGUAUUUAGUUAGUAUUGAAUUAAAUUAAGGUUAGACCCAGCACGCAUGAUAAUUUUUUGUGCAAUUUUUAUGCUACAAACAUUUCCAUUAUUCAAUAAAAUUAUUAACAAAUGUAGCCAAGACAGUGUGCCAUUUUUAUUUAUUUUUUAUCCCGAAUGAUUAUAUGAUUUUGAAAGAUGCAUAUGUUGCCACUUAUUAAACCGACACAAUUUAUUAUUGUAAUAAUCAUACUAUUUAUUAUUUUUAUUUUUAUUUUUUUUGUCAAUACUGCCAAUACUGAUUAGUAAUUGAAUAACAUGUUUAUUAUUGUCUUAACCAUAUGAUUGUCAGUAAUAUAUAUAUAUAUACAUAUAUAUAUAUAUUUAUGAUAUCAUAAUAUAUUUGUAUGUUCAAGCGUUUGUCGCCUUUUAUGGUCAAUAAAAUGGCAUUUUUGCAAUACUUUUGAAAUUAUAAUUUUAGUUUUGAAUUUAUGUCAAAAUUAUUUGUCGUUAUGUUAAACAUUGUAUAUGUUGAUUGCAAAAUUUUAGUUUAAAGUCCAAUUAUUUUAUAUAUAAUAUAUAUAUUUAUAUAAUUCA